CGAAAUUAUUUAAACUUUUUGUCAGUAAAUUUUAGAUCUGUGGCUGUAUAUGGAGACAAUAUCGACUUAGAUUUUUUUUGUAUAAAAGAGCACACUUAUACAUUGCCUUAUUUUAUUCGGUGAUUGGCAUCUUAACAGAACAAAAAACAUCCAAAAUAGAGCGAGGAUAUAGUUUUAGGAUAGCUUGCACUGUACAAUAUUAAUAGCAUAGUUUUGCCAAUUUGAAAAUUGAGAUAUUUUCGUUGAGUGAAAAGUGAAAAAAUGAGAGCUGUGAUAAUUAUAAGCUGUUUGUUCGGUGUAGCAUUAUGUGUACCUGUCGCUUAUAAAGACCAGAAUCCAUCUGCUCAGCUUCCAGGUCGAAUUCAAGCGGAAGCAUCAGAUCCAGUGGAAUUGGCUAGAAAGCGAAGACAUUUGUUUGGCUUAGAUAUUGAUGUGUACAAUAACAAUGGAUUUGGAUAUUUCGAUAAUGGCUUUGACUAUUACGGAGGCGGCUAUGGUGGAUAUCCAGGGUAUGGUUAUGGAGGAUUCGGAGGAGGUUAUCCUGGUUAUGGAUAUGGAGGUUUUGGAGGAGGUUAUCCUGGUUAUGGCUAUGGAGGUUAUGGAGGAGGUUUCGGAGGUUAUCCUGGUUAUGGAGGUUACGGUGGCUAUGGAGGUUAUGGUGGCGGCUAUGGAGGUUAUGGUGGCGGCUAUGGAGGAUAUGGUGGCGGAUGUUAUGGAUGUUACGGUGGCUUCUUCUAAGCAAAAAUUUAAGUGAUGUGAUAAUGAUGUUUCUAAUGUGGAACAAAGUUUAUUGAAUGUUUUUGACUAUAUUAACCGGGAUAACGAUGCAAACAAAAAUGUUUUUUAGAAUAAAGUAUAAUCCCAACAAAAAUCUCUUCGAGAAA